CAUAUGGAAUCGGUGUUAAUGCGCAUGCGCGCCAACAAUUUCCUUUUCCCUGGACCUGAUUGCAUUGAUAUUAUCCAGUAUUAAUUUUUAUUCCACGGACUGAUUUUGCUCAUAAAGAGGAUUCAGAGUGUCUUUUAUGAGUAAUCAAAGGCAGCAGAAGCCUACGCUAACAGGCCAGCGUUUCAAAACCCGGAAAAGAGAUGAAAAGGAGAGGUUUGACCCUUCCCAGUUUCAGGAAAGCAUCAUACAAGGUCUGAACCAAACCGGCACUGACUUGGAAGCUGUCGCAAAGUUCCUUGAUGCCUCUGGUGCCAAGCUCGACUACCGCCGCUAUGCUGAGACCCUGUUUGACAUCCUGGUGGCUGGUGGAAUGCUGGCCCCAGGGGGAACCCUGGCAGAUGACGUGACCUGCACUGAGUUCUGUCUCUUUAAAGCACAAGAGGACAUGGAGACCAUGCAGGCAUAUGCACAGGUCUUUAACAAACUUAUUAGGCGCUACAAAUAUUUGGAGAAAGGGUUUGAGGAGGAGAUUAAAAAGCUGCUGCUGUUUCUCAAGGGCUUUACAGAGUCUGAGCGCAACAAGCUGGCCAUGCUAACAGGGAUUCUGCUGGCCAACGGCAAUCUUUCUGCAUCCAUUCUUAGCAGCCUCUUCAAUGAAAACCUAGUCAAAGAAGGUGUUUCGGCAUGCUUUGCGGUAAAACUCUUCAAAUCCUGGCUUUCUGAAAAGGACAUCGGAUCUGUUUCUGCCAGUCUCCGAAAGGUUGGCAUGGACAACAGACUCAUGGAGCUGUUUCCUGCCAACAAGCGUAGUUGUGAGCACUUCUCGAAGUACUUCACAGACGCCGGGCUCAAGGAGCUUUCGGACUUUGCCAGAAACCAGCAGUCCAUUGGUGCUCGCAAGGAGCUACAAAAAGAGCUUCAGGAGCAGAUGUCACGUGGGGACCCCCUCAAAGAUAUCAUCGCAUACACCCGCGAGGAAAUCAAGAAGAACAACAUCUCUGAGCAGACAAUGAUUGGACUAAUCUGGUCGAGCGUAAUGAGCUCUGUGGAGUGGAACAAGAAGGAGGAGCUGGUCACAGAACAAGCCAUCAAACUUUUAAAGCAAUACAGCCCACUGUUAAAGGCGUUUACCUCCCAAGGCCUCUCUGAGCUUACUCUCCUGCUGAAGAUCCAGGAGUACUGUUAUGACAACAUCCACUUCAUGAAGGCCUUCCAGAAAAUUGUCGUUCUGCUCUACAAAGCGGAUGUCUUGAGCGAGGAGGCGAUUCUGAAGUGGUACAAUGAGACCCACCUUGCCAAAGGAAAGAGUGUUUUCCUUGAGCAGAUGAAGAAAUUUGUUGAAUGGCUCAAGAACGCAGAGGAAGAGUCCGAGUCUGAGGAAGAGGAGGCAGACUGACGACCUCUAGCUAUAACUACCACAUUGAUUUGUAUUUUCACAUUAAUAGCAUCAGAUGCAGUAGAAGGAUUUGUAACAGAAGUCUGUCUAUAAUUUGUUUCCUCCUUUUUCUAUUCCCUCCUCAUAUAUAGUUCAACUGUAAUGUAAGGGCUUUAAUAUUGCUUUAAUUUUCAACAUGUUUUCUGUCUGAAUCAAUACUUGUACUCUUCCUUAUACUCCUUCGGGAGCCGGUCACAGUGCCACAUUUAGCUAAAUAGAUGGAAACCCCUUUCAUGUAAUAUAUAACGAGGGAGGCUUUUUUGGAUAGAUGGUUCCCUUUUUAAAAUUAGCCUGUUUGGGGGCAAAUUUCACAGCUAUUGUAUUUAGUCAUGGAACACUUAUUUGCCAGAGGUCCAUCUGUGUAGCCAUGAUAUCUUGGUCCCCUGAAAGGCAAAACUGUUUUUGUAACCUCAUUUCACAUUUCUGCCAAUUAUGUGACAACUUCUGAAUUUAUUUAUUUUCUUGCCAGUUUAUAGAUUCUGUCUCUAUUGGCCAUGGGUAUGUGCCAUUUCAAACAGCAAUGAUGACAGCUGCAAUGCCCCAUUUAAAAAAAAGAAAAGAAAAGAACUUUAACUGUUCUACAUCUUAUGUAAGAGAAUCAUGCUAACUUGAUUUCUUUUAUUUACAGACUUUUUAAAAUAAAUGGAAAUUAAUGGU